AUGGUUUCCCACUCGCUCGCCCUGCCUAUGAUCUGCUUCACCACGCUGUGGGCGCUGGUGGGGGUCGUGGCUCCCUUUUUGGUUCCCAAAGGACCUAAUCGAGGGGUAAUUGUCACCAGUUUGAUUCUCACCGCCGUCUGCUGUUACCUCUUCUGGUUAAUAGCCAUCCUGGCGCAGACCAACCCUCUGUUUGGCCCUCAGCUGAAGAAUGAAACUAUUUGGUACCUGACUUACUUCUGGGAGUAG